AAAAGCGAAGCUUAAAAAAUAUCAGAUUUGAGACCAGGUCACAGAAAACUGGGUGGAAUUACUGGGAACCUGGCUUCUAUUCUACAGCACCCGUUUCAACUCACUGAUAGCAGCCGAUAAAAUCAAUGAGAUAUACGUUGGAUGAUUAGUUAGAAAAAGUAGUCAACGUUAAUAUUGCGCGGUUAGUUGCAGGGAAUUGCACCAUGCUCUAGAAUUGGGCUUCUAACAGGUCGAGUUAGCCUGUUACAAGCCUUGGUUUCAAUUUCCAGUUAAAGACAAUUCUAGGCUUUAAUUAUGCAGUCUAAUUAAUACAUUUUACUUUGUUAAUUCUGGUUAAUAUGUAUGAGAAAAAAGAAAAACAAAACUGAUGUAUUAACUAGAAAGGUUUAAGAUAUUUGCCCGCUAUAAUUCUAUUAUUCUGUUAUUCAAGAAGCAACUAUAGAAUUACAGAGUACGACUCCCAACCCCUUUGUUUUCUAAUAGUUGAAUCAUACAUUAUAAUUCCGCUAUUCUGCUCGUAUAUUAUUACUAACCAUUGAGAAAAAAAAAAGAAAGAAAGAUAGAAAGAAAGACAGAAAAAAGGAUAGAAAGAAAAAAAAAGGAAGAUGGAAUAAAGAAAGAAAAAAAAGGAAGAUGGAAUAAAGAAAGAAAAAAAGGAAGAUGGAAUAAAGAAAGAAAGAAGGGAAGAAAGAAAAUCUAGAUACAAUUCUGUUAUUCUGUUCGUUAAUACAUUCCACGCUCAUGCUCUGAAUCAUCAUCAGCAGCAGCAACGAUUUGUUGCUACAUGUUCUAAGAGGAGAAGAAAAAAUAAACAGAAAAACUGCCGCUAAUUCAAACUUCAAUCUAUAUUUUCGUUAUUCCUUCACCAUACCUUCUUCUUGUAUUCAUUCCCUCUUACUAUCUUACAAACCAGAUUCUUCUUCUUCUUCUUCUUCGAUCCCCGCUGUUCAACUUUUUUUUCUUCUUCUGGUUUCCCCUUUUGUCGACAUCGUAUUGCGGAAAUAUUACCAUGGAAGAAGACACAGAAGUCGGAAAUAUGAUUUUGGAGCCUUGUGAGUUUUGUGGCCGCAAGUUUAACGGAAAAGUAAUUCCAAAACAUCGGAAAAUAUGUGCCAAGGUUUCGAGCAAUAAGAGGAAAAUCUUUGAUUCCACAAAACAACGAGCUGAAGCACUAAACCUAACUGCAAAUCAAGUGAAGCAAAAUUUGAAAAAGGAAAUUCCGAUACCUAAGUCAAACUGGAGAGCCAAACAUGAAGACUUUAUAAAUUCCAUCCGCAAUGCAAAGAAGGUGACCCAGGCUUUGGCUGAGGGAAAGCCUCUUCCACCUCCUCCACCUCCAUUAGUUAAUGCAGAUUAUAUCCAGUGUGAAUAUUGCGAGAGAAGGUUCAACAAGGCUGCUGCCGAAAGACACAUCAAUUUCUGCAGGGAACAACACCAAAGAAUAAAAUCUAAACCUGCUCCCAAGAACAAAGUUAAAUCACAGCAUGAAAUCGGUAAAGCGAAGUCUAGGUUUGACUCUUCGGUGCUUAAUUUCAAAUCAAAUUCCUCCGCUACGAUUAAUUCUUCGGCAAAACUAAUUAAUUCUAAAUCACAACAAGAGCGUUCCGGAUUACGUCGUCCAGGUUUCACAUCUCGUAUGCCAUCAGCACCGUCUAAUGAUUACAAUGGGAAAAUUAUGCAACAGAGAACUGAUGAGUUGGAUAACAACGGAGUUAACUAUGCGGCAACAGGGCCAGCUUUAAGAACAGGACGAACUGGUAAAAAUUAUACAGAUGCCAAACGUGAUGCCAAAGCUGGAAACGGAUGUAUAAAGGUCGUGGGUGGAGUGGGUGGCCUGUCAAUGGGGAGAUCAGCUCCUGGGCAGAGGGCAUUACCGAAUUCUCUUAACAGAACUGUAACCAAUCGAUACUUACUGAACAAGGCCUCCGAUUCCAGCAACAACAGCAACUCUUCCAAUAUGAACAACAGUCGAUUCAUGUGUCACCAUUGCGACAGUGAAUACCCCAUAAGUACAGCCAAAUAUUGUUGUGAAUGUGGUGUGAAAAGACUUACUCUCAGUUAGUAUUCCCUGCUGGGACGGACAGAGAAAACAGACAAGCAUGUCAAUUAAUGAAAUGGUUGUGUUCAUCCUUUAAGCCAUCCAGAAACGAGAGAUGGAAACUCAAAAUGGGUCUCAGAGCCAAAGACCAAAAUAAUUCCUGUUGUUAUAUCAAGAAAAUGCCUCACCUCCACCUUUUUGCUGUUUAGCAAUCAGCUUUGAUAUGAUAAUAAGAUGGCAUGACAAGGGAAAGAAGAAGAGAACGAAAGAAAGACUAAAAGAAAGACAGAGACAGACAGACAGAAAAUGAAGACCCCUCAAUGUAUCAAGCACUCUAUGUAUUUUCCACUCAGUCUGUUCUAUUCAGGAAAUAUAUAGAGAAAUAUUUAUGGUUUUAUAUAGUUAUAGUUUAUA